CCCGGGGCCGUCAGCCGCAGCCGUCACCUCGGCGGGCUGGGGUGGGCACGCCCAGGCCGCCUGCAGGCGAGCGCCGUCUGUGCCAUUACGAUUCACGACCGGCGGCCAGCACAACAACACUGUCUGCCAGCCCCGCGGCCCGCGGCCCGCCCCGCGCCCGCCAGCACCCCCUGACCCGCGUACGGCGGCGCGGCGGGGCGGGCCGCGGAGGAGACGGGUGCGCCGUACCGAUAAGCGGGGAAAGAGAGGAACAAAACAAAACAAGAUGCGUGGAAACAUGCUUAAGCGUGCCGCGCGGGCGGGGAGAGGGCGGGGAAAAGGGAAAACAAUAAAAAGAAAAAGACGUCGUGAUGGUCUUGUCGGGUUGAGGAACUCGGCACGAUCCACUUCCGGUAUUUCCGCACUGACCAACAUUCGGCUCGAUCCGAGUCACGCCAUUCGUUGGCUGAUCUCCCGGGGCGAUGCAUCCCGCCGACUGGGGGGCGGACCGUCCGCGGCAGGAUCGGGGGCGGGAGCCGGCGGCCCGGGUCGCUGUCAUGGGGGCCGGCGUCGUUGGGGGCGGCGCUGGGGGCGGCGCGGGGGCCGCCGCGUCCAGAGGACUGCGCAAGGAGGCCGGCAUCGUCGUUAACCUGUCCUCGGGGAAUAUCCGCGCAUGGAGGGCCCAGUGCGGGAUGGCGGGGCAGGCGGGGGCGGCGCGGUCGGGGUCUCCACCGGCUUUACCGGCCCCUCCCGUCGGACCGGAGGUCGACAAGCUCCGUGGAGAGGACGUCUCCGCGGGCGGCGACAUCCUCGUCCCUCCCGUGCUGUCGCUGCCACCGGAGGCCCUGGCGCACGUGUUCGCCAUGCUGGAGCCCCUGGAGGUGGUGACGGCCAGCCAGGCGCACCCGGGCUGGCUGGAGGUAGCCAAUCAGCUCGUCCUGGGGCCGCGGGGCCACCUCGCCGUCCGGCUCGACGAGGGGUCCAGCGUCGCCCGACCUGACACGGGGGACACGACCUCUGCCGACCCCGCGGCCGCGUCCAGGACGACCAGGCUGCACGUCCACACUCUGCACCUCGUCGGCGUCGUGCCCCGUGGCGUGGAGGGGGUGCGGCCCGCGCUCCUCGACUUGGCCAAGACGAUCCCGCUCGACAACGUCAGCGUUGUCUGGCUGCACGAAGAGGGAGUCACCGACAACGAUGUUGUUCACCGGACGGAGGCGAGCCAGCGCGCCACCCUGGACGCCAUCCUGGAUCUCUGCUCGAGCGUGACGAGCAUCAACUUUUCCAACGUCCGCCAGAGCGCCACUUACGUGCGUCUCAUCGUGGACGCCGGGCCGCGGCCCAGCUUUAGGUCGCGCUUCGUGUUCACGGAGCUCAACCACCACGCUACCAGCGUUCUCGGCGCGCUGGACGAGCUGGGGGCCUUCUUCGAGGAGACGGUUGUGACGGUGUGGCGGCCACAGCUGUCCGUGACCGCCUUCUACCCCCACUACUGGGAGAGCGGGUGCGACCUACGCCUGCCGUACCCCUCCGAGGUGAGGAAGCUGUGCCUGUACGGAUCCGGGCUGCAGGCGACCGCCUACCGGAGCGUCGGCAGCAUGGCCGCUUUGCAGGAGCUGCGGCUGUGCGACGCGGAUGGCCUGGGCGACGAGGCGCUCCUGGGUCUGGCCAACAGGGUGCGCCGCCUGCGCAGGCUGGCCGUCCACGACGCGCCCGCCGUGUCCUCAGAGGCCUGGGCGGCCGCCCUGCGCGGUCCCGGCCUGCGCCACCUGGAGAGCCUCGAGGUGGCCGGCUGUCUGCAACUGGACGAUGAUGCGCUCGGCGCGCUUCAGGCCGUGGACGCCCUGGAGGAGCUGACGGCCGUAGCUCUCGACCUGGAAGGCUGCGCCAAGGCGAGCGGCGCGGCGGUGAACGCCCUGGCCAUCGCCUGCCCCAACGUCGAGUCCCUCACGCUGGUCGUGGCCUUCUCGCCCAGCCUCGUGGACGCCCUAGAGCGAGCGCCAUCCCUGUUCCCGCGCCUCAGGCGCCUGGCGGUGCGCGUCCAGGGUUCCGGCUGGCCGGGCAACCCCAAGGAGGCGAUCGCGGGCGUAGACCGACUCAAGCGGCGCCUGCGCGCGGCCUGCCCACCCACAGUGCACAUGGACGUUAGUCUCACCUUUGUCAAGUUGGGCAUGGCCGUGUCCAGCACUCCGGACCACGACCACUGAGCUGAUGCGGUCCAGUUGUACUCAGGCGUCGCAUGGGGUGCCUAACGAGUCGGGCGCUCGCCAGCAGGCGUGUUCGUGUUGGAGAGGAAGUUCCAAUGGAUACUUAUCUAGUCAAGUUCCCAAGCCAUAAUAUUACAAAUAGUAUUUUUUAAGUCAUCCCUUGACUAUAGCUGUGAUAUUAACUGUGUAGUAACACGUUUAUUACUUUUAUGUAUUUAUUUUUACGUGAAAUUAGUAUGGAUUCAGGCAUUUUUGAAACAAUUGGAAACGGAUGUUUACUUUUGUUUUGUAAUACACACUGUUGAAUGAAUUGCUACUGAUAGGUUCCGAUUAAAACUAAGAACUCUGGAGUUGAUAGAAUAAAAACAAUAAACAUUUAAGAAACAAA